GGCUCGGUAUUCAUCCAACAAGGCCGGUCCUACAUCGUAUUCGAAGUCGACGCGGACAAGAAACUGGCCAAAGUCCGCCCAACGACGGUGGACUAUGUGACUGCUAAUAGGGAUUUCACGGACGUUGAUCCGAUCCAGAUCUCGGAGACGCGGGAGGUGGUGCCCCCGCCCACGAUCGUAAACUACGGCCUCCUCCGCCUGCAAACCACCGUCUUCGGCUACUUCAAGCUCAACCCGCGGACCAAACAAAUCCUCGAAGCCGUCGACGGGCUUGAAAACCCGCCCAUCACAAAACAUCGCGCGGGGUUCUGGGUCGACGUUCCCCACCCGGCCGUCACUUUUUUGAAGGAACGGGGGAUCAAUGUCGAGUUUAGCGUCCACGCCGCCGCUCACGCGUUGUUGGGGUUGCUGCCCACGUGUGUUGUGAUACCGACCACGGGACAGACGGAUAUCAGGACGGAUUGUAAGCAUCCGCGCGCGGGGCGGUUCAGGACACCGACGACGACAGGUGGCGGGUUGGUGUAUAAGGCGUUCAGACAUAUUCCGGAACUGUUGAGGCGCGUGUGGGUGGUUGUGAGGGAGUGUCCAUGUGAGGACGGGUGUCCGGGGUGUGUGCAUAGGGCGGGGUGUAAGGAGGGGAAUGAGGCGUUGAGUAAAGAGGGCGCGAGGGUGGUGUUGGGAGCGUUUUGUGGUGAAGUUUCUCGAUAG